UGACCAUUUUUGUCCGGAAUAUGCAACCAACUCUUGACCAUCGUUGUCAUCACUUAUUCUCGAUUGCUUUUGCCUAGUGGGCCGGGUGGAAGUUGAAGGGUCAGACAAACGUGAAAACAGGAGACACGUGUGAAUUGAGAAAUCGUUUCAGAAGCAGCAACAAUGGCUGCCAUCUACUCUGGCAUCAAUCUGAAGCUAAAGAGUCCUCAAACUCCAUGGGAGGACAAAUUAAAGCUAGCGCGUUUUGCCUGGAUCUCCUCUCAGUGCUUACUGCCCAACAAGGAACAAGUCCUGCUGGAUUGGUGCACAUAUGCUCUGACAGGCUGGUAUAAUAAAAAGGUCGAGUUCACACAAACAGUGUUGGAGGGCUUGUGGAGUUGCCUGGAUGCCUUUCUUCACAGUCGGAAGCUCCACACUGCUCUCAAGCAGGGCAAGACGGUCAGCGUGAGGCUCAAUAUGGCACAGCUGCUACUCGACCUCCUUGAGGAGUAUGCUGGCACCCCCACCAGGCUGUCAGUGGGUGUGUCCACCUUGCUGAGUGUGUGUCAGGGAAUACUCUCAUCCUCUACGCUCUCAUCUGUGUUCACCACCAAGUAUGAAGUCAUGGUCAGUCUCUCAGUUAAGGUCUGCUCCUUCGCCUGCCGUCAACUGCAGCAAGCUAUGCCCUCGGGAUCCCAUCAUUCUGGACUCAUUACAGACACUGUGAGUGAGUGUCUUCACACAAUUGAACUGGACUCUCAAACUGAAGUGAUCCUUAACCAAGAGUUCGAGGAGAGACCAAAGGAAAACAGCAUCACAGCUCAUUUGUUUGAGUUGUUGCUUCAGGUUUUAACAUCGUAUUUAUCAGUUCAGCGGCAACAAGCCAAUCCAAACAGAGUCUUCACUUUGGUAACCAACCAGCUCAUCCAGCCAUUAUUGCUCCUCAGACACAUGCUGACAUCUGCUGAAUAUGUUCCUUCCUACACACAUCUGCGUCUCCGCCAGCAGCUUUGCAGAGAUGUCCGGGUUAGGAUAGACUCCAUUCUUCAGUUAUCACUGUUCUCUGCUGAGCACCUGGCAUCCUACAAGGACGAGCUUCUACCUUCCAAAGAGGAUUCCGGGAAACGUGGCCCUGGUGGGACAAAAGGCCCCCUCCGGCCAGCCAAUGCUGUACUUUGCAAAUUAGGUUCUUGUCAACCGCCGCUCAUGUACUCAGUAAAGUCAAACACUGUGCCAUUGCUUUUUAAGUUCUUUCUACAAAGCUACAGGAAAUGUAGAGCAGAAAAUGAAGAGGAGCAGAGGAUGUUGUGUUUUAAAUUCCUCACAAAGUUGGUGCCUGCUUUGGAUUUGUCCCCAUCCAACGUCCCUUGUACACCAGAAAGCUGGACUCUAGCUCUGCUAGCUGCAGAAUCGCUCCUUAGCCAGGCUCUGUCUGCAGAUAUUUAUAACGUGGCAGCAGACAGGAUAAGGCAUGCAGAGGUGCAGCUCAAGUUUUACAAAAGCCUUGCACAAAUCCUCUUCAAUCAGGCCCAGCCUAGCAUCCCUGCAUGGUAUCGCUGUUUGAAGGUGCUACUGGGUCUCAACCACAUGCUUCUUGAACCAGACUUGGACGAGCUGUUAUCUUCAGCCUGGGUUAAUGCCGACUGUAUGGAAGCACGAGUCCAACGGGCCAGACAGCUGAUGUUGUGCAGUCUAUUCCAGACGUACACCAAGCUCCGUCAGCUGCCUCGCUUCUUCUCUGAACUCCUCUCGGUGAUCUGUCAGCCAUCUCCUAAAAAAGUUCAACACCCUCUGCUCUGCGACUGUGUCUCCGCCUCGCUCAGAACCAGUGUUCUGGACACACCUCCCUCGCAGGGCCUAGAGAUUUGCUCCGUAAUGCUGGAGAACAUGCGAAAAUAUAUUUUACCUGGCCUGGUAAAGGAAGACGGAGAGGCAGAGAAGAUGGAGCUCGAUGGAGUGAAUGGUGAAGAAAAGGGGGAUCAGGUGCAAGAAGACAGCUCAAUGAAGCUUUUCUCUCUCAGCCAACUCCUUCACGUUGUUUUAUUCAGUCUGAAGACUCUAGACAAUGCUUCUCCUCUUCCCUUAGUCCGACAAGGUCAAAGCGUGAUGGAAGAGCUACAGAAGGUUCUCAACGACCUGCUGCAACUUUUGCCCACAGAAAGCAAGAAAAUGAAAGCAGUUAUGAGUUCAGGUCACAGAGCAAAGAAGAAAACUAAAAGGAAUGUAGACUUGGAAGACUCUCAAACAGUAUCUACAUCUCUGUGGGAGCAGAAAACUCGAGAGGCAGUUCUUCUGCUCAGAUACACUUGGAUAGAAGUAGACACACUCUUCCACAUCUACUGUAGCAAAUACACACCUUUUGACUCCAAUGCUGCAGCCUUAACCAGUAUAGAGAAUCUCCUAAAUUUUGAGAUAAACUCUGUACGUUUACAUCCAUGCAGUUCCAUCAGCUUUGUGCAUCUCAGGCUGCUCAUUUUGCAACAGAUUAAGAAAGUACUGUUGGACUCAUCCCUGCUUGCAGAACCAAGUACCUUAGAGACCAUAAACAGGGCAGUCGGGUUUAUUUCAGCUAGCGAUGAGCUCCGGGUUUGUUCAGAAGGAGAUCAGGUUUGGAACGGGCAGGUGAAUAGUGUGGACUCCAGCUCCCACCGUGUCGCACACUGGUAUGUUGUCACAUCUAAUCUACCUUUGCUGGCCCCCUACCUGAGCAGGGAAGACGUGAACUGCAUAGCAAAUGUUCUGGUCACUUCGCUGCUGAGCAAGCAAUCCAGCAGAGGCAAAGAUCAACUCUCUGUCUCCUUUAUAUCCUCAGAGCUUUUCCACAGCUCUGUUCUGGUUGAGUUGCCGCUGCUGUUCUCUGCCACAGUCUGUUCACUCUCGCAGAGGGUUUUUGGGGUUCUAACAGCGGCGCAUGCCCCUAAUGUUUGUCUGACCCUUGAGAAGUAUCAGGAAGCACAAAAGGGUGAGAUGGAGCUUUUGUCCUUAUUGGUGAAACAGACCAUAGUAAAGGAUAUGAUGGUGUCCUCGCAGUCUGGACAAGUGUUUGUACUUUUGAGUGACACCCAAACCAAAGAGCUGAUCGACCUACUGCAAAUUUUAUCAAGCAUAAACCCAGAUGGUCUAAACUCUGAGGAUCUUUCAUCCAUUUUUCUCCUCCUUACCUUCAUGCUUACAUCCACCGCUUGUUAUUCUGAGGCUCCAGAUUCGGCAUGUUGUUGUGCAGGAUUCCAAGUACAACUUUUCAGGAUACUUGCUUGUCUUGUGGAGGGCAAAAACUUCCAUGGUGUUCUGAAGAUGAUUCAUGGCAGCACUCUGUUGGAGGCCGUAGUGUCUUCUCUCCUCUGGCAUAGCAAGGAAGGACGAUUUAGCUCCACCAGCAACUCUGAUUGGUUGGAUCUGAUGAAAGCCAUGCAAGACUUCAUCGUAUAUUUGGUCCAUUUAAUUGUGGUCAGGAACAGCAGCGUGCGCCUCAAUCUGGACCAGAUUGCCUCAUUUCUUACCAGUAAGGACACCACAUCAAAUCCUGAAGGCUCCAUCAUGACUGUUCAUCUCCUACUGGCAUCGUUGGCCGCCUCUUCCAAGGCGAUUACCUCCAACCUGGGAAGAAAUAAACAAAUGGAUCAAACUUUGAUCCGGACCCUUGCAAGAACCACAUCCUCACUGGGAUCAGCUGUGGAGUCAGUUCUGAAGGUUCAGUAUGUCAGCGAGCCCGGCGUGCAGCCUGUUUGCUCACUCAGCCCCGCCUAUGUGGUCGACACCGUCACGAUCAUGCUGCGGUGUAAACUGUCCUCCAUGACAGUGGGAGACAAGGAAAAAACCACCCUGCGCCAUGAGACUCUCUAUCAGGGUUUCUGCCAUCAGAUCCUGAAAGAGAUUAACUCUGCUGCCAGACCCGUGGACUUCCUGGAUUCCUCCCUGAAUUUCCUGUCAGCGCGCUACAUGGCAGUGACAAAAACGAAAGAAAAGGAGGAGGAAGAGGACGGAAAAGAGAACAAGAGCGUUAAAGAGGUGGAUGAGUUGUAUGCUCUGAUCAUUAAAAAUGUACACAAACUUUUGACAGCUCCGUGGCUGUCUCCUUCUGACACAUGUGAGCUGGAGCCAGCUUUGCAGAAGCUGCUGCGCCACCUACUGGAGAACAGCACUCCCUGCCAGUUUAGCAUGUUGCUGACUAUGAUAAAAGAUGGGUUAGACACUUGCAAGCUGAGCUCUGGAAACUACAAGGAAGUGUUGGCUGUCGUCAUCAUUGUCAAACUGCUGUCCUGCUGUCAGUUACCCGAACCUUGCUCGAAAGCUCUGUGGUUCCUUGCACCACAGAUUCUGUCUGCUAUGGUGUUUCUUGUAAGGUCAUCCAGUCAUGACGUGGGCUUGACUUUGACCUUCACCAUUCCCACUGUGACAGCGAUGACAACGCUGCUGCGCCAGGGUGAGGGUCUCAUUGGCAACCCUCAUCACGUAGUCUUGGUCCUCGGAGCGCUCCAGGCCGUGCCGCUUGACCACCUGACUGCACUUGUUUACCAGUCAGUGUUCUUGGCUAUUCAUGAGGCGCUUUUUGCCAUCAUCAAGUGUCAUUCACAGGUGAUGCUGAACGCCACGCCAUCAUUCUUGAAUGUCUUUUACCGUCUAGUGGCUUCCAUCAUGCAGGAAGGUCGGCAGAGAGGAGUCAAUGACGCAGGUGGAGAAAGUGAAGUGUAUCUGCAGUGCUCCCGACUGGUAGAAAGGAUGUACUCUCACAUUGCUGCCAUCUCUGAGAACUUCACCACACUGUCUGCCUUCAUGGUGGCACAAUACGUCACAGAGCUGCAAAAGGUUACUCUGCGGCCAGACAUCAAGCUGCACCUGACAGAGGGCAUCUACCAGAUACUGGACCUGUGUAUGGAGCAGGAUAUUAAGUUCCUAACAGCGGGCUUGCAGACUGGAGUCCGUGAGGUGUUUAACGAGCUCUACAGUAACUACACCCACUACCACAAACCCCAGAGACAAGGAGAGGACAAAUACACUGUUUGAAAUUACACAACAGACUCCAAUUUGGGUCCAGGUGACCCUAACAUUAUGUCAUUUAGACUUAUGUAUUCCACAACAAUUGAACAAACUGUCUGACAGGCAAUGCCAUCCAAUAAUGUAGGUUUGUUUUUUAAUUUCCAUGUUUUUACAUAUUGAAACAGAUGUAUAAAGACAUAGAUGAGUUAUCGUUGCUGCUUUUUUGAACUUGUUGUGCUUUUCCUUGAGUGCAGUAUUAUUUACUGCAAAUUGUCAUUUUCAAACCUUUUCAAUUAGAUUUUGUGGAAAAAGUAUUUUUAUAUAUUUCAAGUAGAAUUAAAAAUAAAAAAAAACUACUUUGCUUAUUUGCUAAUGGAGUUGUUGCAGCUGAAAUGAAUCAAUAUGAGGACUACAAUCUUAGUCAACUUGAUGAAUUGUGUCAGAACCAUACUGCUCUUUUUGUAACAGCCCUCGUUCAAGGAUGCAUUGAUUAAAGCUGAAGCUGGGGUAUUUUGUGCUGUAGUAGCACAUAAACCGUGAGUGCCAACACCCACGCUGCCAAGCUCAUCAAGUUUUUGGAUUCCCUGCACAGUUUUGAAAGUAAAAAUAUUGCAGAUGCAGCAUGUCUGUGAAUAGCUCAUAUUCAUUCUACAUUAAUGCUAAACCCAUCAAAAGGAUUCCAUAGAGAUGAUCUGUAUUACUGAAUUGACCUAUUAAAACUGAUUUGUGUA